AUGGCCAGAAGACCUGAACAUUCUGCUCCUCCAGAAAUUUUCUACAAUGACGAUGAAGCCAAAAAAUAUUCAAACAACUCUCGUAUUAUUGAAAUUCAAGUGGAAAUGGCUGAACGUGCUUUGGAGCUACUAAAUUUAGAUGAAGAUGAAUCGUAUUUAAUUUUGGACAUUGGCUGCGGUUCGGGUCUAUCGGGUAGCGUUCUUGAGGAUAACGAUCAUAUGUGGGUUGGCAUAGAUAUAUCAAAAUCUAUGCUGGACAUUGCCGUCGACAGAGAGGUGGAGGGAGAUUUGAUAUUGGGCGACAUGGGACAAGGUAUGCCUUUUAAACCGGGUACCUUUGAUGGAGCCAUUUCCAUUUCUGCUCUCCAAUGGUUGUGUAAUGCCGAUAAAACUUCACACAAUCCCCACAAAAGACUGUACAAAUUCUUUUCCACACUCUUUUCAAGUUUAACACGUACAGCCCGUGCUGUAUUUCAAUUUUAUCCUGAAAAUGCCGAUCAAAUUGAAAUGGUCACAACACAGGCAAUGAAGGCCGGGUUUUAUGGUGGCAUUGUUGUGGAUUAUCCCAAUUCAACAAAGGCGAAAAAAUACUUUUUAGUCCUGAUGACAGGUGGUGCUGCACCAAUGCCCAAGGCCUUGGGCAAUGAAGAGGACGAGAAACGUAUUAGCUAUAUAAAGAAACGUGAAAUGACCAAAGAUAGUAGAGGCAAACCGUUGAAGAAAUCACGUGAUUGGAUUUUGGCCAAAAAGGAACGUAGAAGGCGUCAAGGUAAAGAUACUAGACCGGAUACAAAAUACACGGGCCGUAAGCGCAGUGCGCGUUUUUAG